GGGGGGCGAACCAGACGGCCGUUCGGUAUGGGGCAAUCCUGGCGUCGUCGUCGUCAUACACCGCCGUCGCUGCAUUCGAUCUGCGUUCAUCACACAACCACGUUGUCGUCGCCGCGGCUGGGCGACCGGCCAUGCUUGCCGCUGCCUCUUCGUGAGCGGACCGCGAGCUGACCUCUCGGGGCCCGAUCGAGACGUGCAGCCGUAAGAUGAAAUGACAAGUCGGACACUAUGGACAGGGAUGCGUCCCAGCGCUCCUUCACCAGCCGUUGGGCUUCUCCUCACGGCGUCGCUCCUUUCCGGCCUGACGCCGUGUGCCUGGUGCUGCCUGCCUGGUCUGCAAGAUUACGACGUUUGCUUCAACAUCUUCUUGGAGCGCGACUUUCCCCUGGUGGAAGCCUUCCUGCUCAACAGGGCUUUCGGAUCUCGGGGCAGGGUGCUUGUGGAGCCCGGGGACCUGGCCACCAUGUGCGACGGCUUCGGAGAGCUGCUGGAGUGCUACGCCUUCCACUACCUCAACUGCGCCGACUUGGGCGGGGUGCGGCGCGAGUACUUCGAGCGGCUCAUCAAGGCCAUGGUCUCCUCUUUCCAGCUGCUCUGCGCCACCGACCGAACCGUGCUACAGAACCUCUUCUACGACGGCCACUGCAUCGGCUCCGUGUCUGACGGCGCGGGCGACUGCCGGACGGCCAACUUCGACCUGGCGACGGCGUGGAAGCGCAUCUUCCGUUUCCUGGCCACGCAGCGGGACUGCAGGGACCUGGUGCGCCACACGCGCUGCCUGGUGCGAGCGCUGAGCUCGUCCGCCUGCCGACCCGAGGCCACCGCCGCCUACAACACGACGGCCAUCGACUUCCUCUUCGUCUUCUGCCAGCAGGACUUCUCGACCAGGAGCACCGCCUCGUCGGUCGGCCAUUGCUCUCCAUCGGCUAGGAACGCUGUUGCUGUGCUAAUCAGCAUUCUCGCCGUGUACAGACUUUGGCGCUAGAAUUGUGGCCCACUCAAGGCCUGCGCAUCUUCGCGGGACUCGGCGGUGUCGUUAUGCGCCGUGCUUGUAUUCUGUCAUUCUGAUUUUGUUUUUGCGUUUUACGUUGCAUAGAAAAUAAGCAAGGUUAAGUCAUUCAUCCACGCACAAAGUUAGUUGCCAAAGCGCAACUCCAAGACCGCCAGCGUCUUGUGGCGUUCGCAGAUCGUUUGUUGUUGAGAUAUGCCCAAGAAAUUGUCUCUUCACGAAAUGAUCGCCUCUUGUUAACAAUACUUGAAACUAGGGGACUCGUAAUAAAUGAACUUCAAAGUACAAAACAAUACA